CGCAGUUUUUGCCUCGUUGGAAGGUGCUUUCGAGAGGAAGCGCAGUGACGGAGGCGUCGGAGGAAAAGCUGAGUCCACAGAGCGAAAGACACCCGGACGUACUCACUUCAAUGUUAUUGAGAGUCCUGUCGACAAACGAUGUCAGUCACUGAGGACCUUCCAGACAUGGAUGGAGCAGACCUGUUAGGGCUGCUGUUCCAAGAUGGAGAGGAUGGAUCUGCUGAGCCGUUUUUCCCUGACGGGAAUGGGCUCAUCGAAUCGUGGCUCUCUGAGCAAGAUAUGCUGACGGGCAUGGACACUGAGGACUUUCUGUCCAGCCUUUUAGAAGGGGAUGACCACACAGAGGCCAUCUGUCCCUCCCACUCCCCGCUGGGCAGCGACAGCGGCAUCUCCGACGACAGCAGCACCGGGGCCGGGCACAACAAUCUUGCGGGAUGCCCGAGUCCCCAGGGCAGUGAGAGCGACGUGGUUCCCAGCCCCAGUUUUUCUCAGCCCAGCCCGGUGCACUCCGACCCCGCCCUGACCUCCGGAGAGCUGCAGAUCGAGAGCCUUGAAGCCUUGACGGUUCAGGCAGACCACAGCUACUCUCUGCUGCAGGGCGGGAGAGACGGGGACCUGGACGUGCUGCAGAGCGUCAGGGCAGAGAAGCCAGACAUGGACGUCUUCAUUGAUCUAGAUGAUCUGGUGAGUGAGGAAAUGGAGGAGGAAGACAUCACAACCGAGCUGCCUUGCACUCUGGCCAUCGAGGACACAAUACAGGAUUCCACAGAGAGCAACAUCACAGACCAGUUCCAGUUUAAAGAGAUUGUGCUCACUGAGGAAGAGAAGCGACUUUUGGCAAAAGAGGGAACCACCAUUCCCACACACAUGCCCCUCACGAAGGCGGAGGAGAGGACUUUAAAGAGAGUCCGGAGGAAGAUCCGCAACAAGCAGUCUGCUCAGGAGAGCCGCAAGAAGAAGAAGUUGUAUGUUGACGGACUGGAAAACAGGGUCGCGAUCUGCACUGCACACAACCUGGAGCUGCAGAAGAAAGUCCAAAUGCUCCACAAACAGAACAUCUCCUUAAUAGAGCAGCUGAAAAAGCUGCAGGCCAUGGUGAAGAUAUCGACCAUGAAGGCCAGCACCACCAGCACAUGCGUCAUGGUGUUCCUGCUCUCCUUCUGUCUCAUCAUCUUCCCGUCAGUCAAUCCGUUUGGCCGGAGCUCCGAACAGAAGGAACUCUACACUCCCUCUUCCAUUAUCUCCCGGACCUUGCGCUCUCUGCCGCCGGAGAGCACGGACGCCGUUUCCUACCUGGAGCCCGAAGAGGAAGAGAUUCUCCUAGUGAGUCCGGCAGAGGUGGAGAACGUGAAAGCGAUCUUUGCAGGAGGCCAGAAGAACCACACCCCCGACUACCAGCGGGUGGAGCAACCCAACUCGGAGAGCGCCGUCAACAGCAACUCCUCGGCAGACUUCCCCGGCCCGGCGCAGGCGGCCGACAUGAAGCCGGGAUCGACCGGCGGCGUGGGGGCCUUACCGGAAGGAUCCAUCGACGGCGUGGCGGCCUCUGCCGUGGCGUAUGAGGUCUCAGGAACAAAGGAGAACUGGAUAGAGCGGAGCCCCCCUUCGGUCAUAUUACAACAACACCGCUCAGAUGAGAUGUAGUUGGGCGGCGAUGCUCAUUUUAUCCAGCAGAGGGAGCCAAACUUUUAACAGAGGAGGGUGCCAGAAGGAAGCUUUUACCUUAAAAGGAAAAAAGGGAAGCGUAUCAUUAAUUCACAUAGGAUCUGACUGUCUCAACGUUUUUCCCCCUUUCUUACCCCUCUGAUGUACUACUGCUAUUUUAUUUUAUUUCUUUUUUUUUUUUUUUUUGCACUUUGUCCUGAAUACAGAGUUUAAGAGGGUAAAUAGAUCUGUAGAGAGAUUUAACUAUUUCUUAAGUAGAAACUACUUCAGAAGCAGGAUGGUAUAAACUGCUGGAGGACGCAUGCUGCUUGUUUAGCAAGACGUACUAGUACUUAUGACCAAAAGAGACACAUUUAGCGGCACCAGUCAUGAAUUCUUUAAAGAACAUUCAGUCGAUUGCAUUGAGAGAGGUAGAAACUGAUGGCAUUAUAACUCUCUCACCAAAUUUCAGGGACAGCUUUGUUUUGGCACUUCGGAGAGUUCGAGACAACGCUCAUUGAAGAUCUCUCUAAAUCAUAAUUCUCAUAGUAAGUUACUCAGAGCAUAAGUAGUGCAGUGAUUUGUACCACAAGUAUGUCAGCAACAUUGCUUAGUAGACGAUAGGCUGCUUGAAGCUCAUGAAGCUUGAUCAGAGUGGUUGCUUGACCACCGUAACGCUUAAAGCCAUUGCAGGACAUUUGGCCAUUUAGAAGACUUGUAAAGUUGCCUAGUAUUUCCCUUGUAACAAGGGUAUCCACGCUCACUUUUAUUUUUUUUGGAAUGCUUCGUUUUUAUGUUGCACAAGAAAGUAAGACAAAAAAAACUGAAAAGACACGGUCCCCCUUGUCAGCUCAUCCCAGUCGACCCCUUGGGAUCCCCUCUCUUUAGACGUCACAGGACAGAUUUUACCUUUACAAACUCAUCUGGAAUACUCAUGUGAAGGGGUUUGAUAUAUUUGCUCUUGGAACUGUUUUGCAGUAAAAUAUACUCCAAAAUGUAAUGACCUGUCAAGUUUUGUCAGUGAAGCAUUUUUUUUAUUUGUGCUUUUCUUUGUUACUGUUGGUAAUAAAUGGAAUCUAAAUGGUAUUGAAUCUACUUUGUAAUCGCAUCAAGCAAAUCAAAUGCACUGACAUUUGACGUAGAACGGUGAUGUAAAUAUAUUCAGUGAUUGUUGCUCUUUCUGUACAUUUGAAUUCUUUAUGUAUAAGACAUGUCUGGACAUCUAUAAUAAUAAACUUUUUUAUAUAUAUGUCAGUA